GAUGAGUUUUAAAAGUUGGUAUAGUUGUUUUAAUUGUUGGUUAUAUGUAAUAGCAAAAAUAUUACCCACACAUUUUAAAGAGUUUUGCAGAUUCAUUGAUUCAAUGUAAAUAUAAUGCUGAUCACUUCUACGAAAGUGGAGUCUACCAAGCCGAAUCGAAUACUGAUUUUCAUCCAAUUAAGGCCUGUCAGCAUUCUAUAAAAAUACUUAUGUGGUAAAAUUUUUUAUGCGACUGCAACAACCACAACAUCAACCAACCAGAUAUAAAUCCGUGUUCUUUGUAGUUACGUAGACGCGAUUGUCGUGUUUACUAGGUGAUUUAGUUUUAUUGAAAUAAAUUCUCGAGUGAAUUUGAUUUUACAAACUGUUUAAAAAAUAAAUACCGUUCUAUUAAGCAACAACGAUAUGGCAACAUUUUCGAAAGUUCAAAUAAUGAGCUUUCACACCGAAUAACAUUGCAAACAGCCUAAGUGAAUAGUAACUAAAUGUAAGCAAAGCUGCUGCUCAGUACAUUACAACUACAACACAUUAGAGAAACAAUGAGAGCAAACAACGUGUCGUGCUACCACCUUGCUGCAGUUGUGUGUGUCUGUAUUCAUUCAUUCAUUCAUUAAGUUAACAUAACCACCUCCCAAUGCAUUAAGAUUUCUGUGAUGUUUCAGUGAUGACAGAGAAACAGAAUGCGAGAGAGCAAGAGCAUCAUCACAAUAGAUACAGAGUUGUGUUUGAAAUUCCAAUGGACACUUGCCACUAGUACACCCACCCAAACGGUGGACACCACAACACACACACGCACACAAUCACACGUGCGCAAAUUAAGCUUACACACAGCAUCCUGAUUUGAUUUGAGAGAGGGCAAGAGAGCGAGAGAGAGUGUUCAAUUGAAAGACUAAAGACUGAUUACUUGCUCCGUUGGUGGUACACAUUCAGUCCCGGAUGAGAUUUGAAGCAAUAAACUUGAGUUUUAUAAUAAGCGUAUACAUUUAGGCGUAUCAGCACUUACUUACUUACCUAUUUACUUAUAUCAUAUUAAGUGCAUAAAAUGUGAUUUAAAUAAAUUAAGUAAAACAAAAAAAUUAUAGAAUAAUUAUUGGUGUAUAGUGAAUAACUGUAUUAAAAAACGCUUAUACAUACAUGUGUGGAAUGAAAGCAUCGCUGAAAACAGCAACAACGCCAAACGCAAACAAAAUAAACAAUCAUUCGCAUCCGCGUACAUGUAUUCAUAAAUACAUACAUACAUACAGAUGUAUGUACAUCGGUUAUAUGCCAUUUGUUGAGACGUGAAAUCGCCCGCAUGACAGCCAGCUUGACAGUGCGGCAGUAGGACACAAGACAGGAACUCCUUUAUUUGCAUGUAAAAUGAACUGUCAAACUGUGGCGUUAACAAAAGCGGCAAUGCGACGAGUUCGCAUGAGAAACGACGACGACAACAGUUACACAAACGAUAAGAGCAACAACAAUAACGGCCAACUGCAGACAAAAGUAUUGGCUGGAGCAGCAGCAACGGCAGCAGCAGCAGUAACAAAGUUGGAGGCAGUGGCAACGCUAGCACGCACAAUCACAAUCACAAUGCGAUCCAGUUAAUGUGUAACACAUUCGUACGCUUUGCACGAAGCUUAAUCAUCUGGGUACUUGGCAACAAAAGCUUUAAUUAAAGAACAACAGCAAUACAUAUGUAUAUUUGCACAAAACUAUCAGUGGAAUAAUUAAAACUAAACAAGCAAAACAAGCAAAACAAAAACAAAAAAAAAACAUAACAACAAAAAAACCGAAAGCAACAACAAAAAAAGGAAAAUUAUAAUUGUAACUAACACGAAACACACAACAACAACAAAUCAAAAUGGGCCCGUUAUUUUUUGCUCGUCUGGCAAUGCCGGCGCAUGGGCCGCCCAGCAUAUUGGAACCGCUGGCACCGUCAUUCCGGACAACGACAACAUCGACGACGACGACCACAACCACAACUACGACAACUACAACAACAUUAGCGCCAUCUGUAUUCACCGCUAUGUUGGACAAUGUGACCACAGUGAUUAUCUUAGAUAAUGAAAUAGCACAAAAUCAAACAAAUAUCACCAGUAUCUUCGGGCCGAAGGGACCUAGCUAUUCCAUCUCAUCAAUGGUGUUCAUGGGCUUAAUUGCCGCCAUACUUAGCUUGCUAACAGUGGCGGGCAAUGUUAUGGUUAUGAUCUCAUUUAAAAUCGACAAACAACUACAAACAAUCAGUAAUUACUUUCUUUUCUCAUUGGCCAUUGCCGAUUUUGCAAUCGGGCUCAUAUCAAUGCCACUGUUUGCUGUCACCACCAUACUAGGCUAUUGGCCAUUGGGUCCACAUAUCUGCGAUACAUGGCUCGCACUGGAUUAUCUCGCAUCGAAUGCAUCCGUAUUGAAUUUGUUGAUCAUCAGUUUUGAUCGUUACUUUAGUGUCACACGACCUUUGACAUAUCGCGCUAAACGUACCACCAAUCGAGCAGCGGUCAUGAUUGGCGCUGCAUGGGGCGUAAGUCUGCUGUUGUGGCCGCCGUGGAUUUACAGUUGGCCAUAUAUUGAGGGACAACGUACGGUACCGCAAUAUGAGUGCUAUAUACAGUUUAUCGAGACCAAUCAAUACAUUACGUUUGGCACAGCGUUGGCGGCUUUCUAUUUUCCAGUAACGAUUAUGUGCGUGCUAUACUAUCGCAUUUGGCGUGAGACGAAGAAGCGACAGAAGGACUUGCCCAAUCUGCAGGCGGGAAAGAAGGACUCUUCGAAACGCUCGAACUCAAGCGACGAAAAUACUGCUGUAAACCACACGAGCAUCUUGCCUUUUGGCAAUACUGGUGAUGGUCAUGAUUGGCGGCGUCCGCGCUCCGAAUCUUCUGCCGAUGCUGAAAGUGUUUAUAUGACUAAUGUGGUCAUUGAUACCGGUUAUCAUGGUCUACAUUCACGCAGAUCAAGUAUCAAAAGCACCAAUACCAUCAAAAAAUCAUAUUCGUGCUUUGGUGGCAUUAAGGAAUGGUGUAUCGCGUGGUGGCAUUCUGGACGUGAAGAUUCCGAUGAUUUUCCCUAUGAGUUAGAGGAACCUUCGGAUUAUGGUUGCACUUCCGUGAGCGUAGUACGCGACAACUACUCACUAGGCGGCAGCGCCUGUGGUGUACGUCCGCCAAGCAUACUCUUACCCGAUGUCUCACCCACACCACUACGCCCGCCCAUGACACCACUCUCGCAACUGCAAGAGAUCUCCUCGGCAACGGGUGCACGCGAUUCACGCUCCUUACCCGGCAAUAAUCGCAUCAGUUCACGUUCCGUAAGUCAAGAUUCCGUUUAUACAAUACUAAUACGGCUACCCUCGGAUGGGGCUAGCGCCAAUAAUGGCCCAGAUGCGCCAUCAAUCAAAAUGAUACACGAAGACGUAUCGCUACCGAUUAUAAGCGCAGCACCGCCAUCACGACGACCACUCUCAUCACGUGAUUCCGAAUAUAGUUUACCGCUGGGCAGACGCAUGUCGCAUGUAUCACACGAUGUACGCAUACCGCUCAAUGCGAAGGUAAUACCCAAACAAUUAGUCAAACAUGUGCAUGCCACAUCGCGUGUCGCCGCCAAGAAGAAGAAGAAAUCACAAGAGAAGCGUCAAGAAUCGAAAGCGGCCAAAACGUUAUCGGCCAUCCUCUUAAGUUUUAUCAUCACCUGGACGCCAUACAAUAUUUUGGUGCUAAUCAAACCGCUUACCACAUGUUCCGACUGCAUACCGAAUGAAUUAUGGCAGUUCUUCUAUGCGCUCUGCUACAUUAAUUCGACCAUAAAUCCGGUAUGCUAUGCACUGUGCAAUGCAUCCUUCCGCAAGACCUAUAUACGCAUACUCACCUGCAAGUGGCACACACGCAAUAGGGAGGGUAUGACGCGUGGCGUGUACAACUGAGUAAGGCCUAUGGAGGGGACGAUUAUGCGUCGCCGCGAGGGUAAUGCUGGCCUCUUCGAAUUGAAACAGUAUCCUAAAAUUAACACAUAAUAAAAGUGCAAGGGUAUGCAAUAAGCUAAGCGCUUGUUUGGCGUUCGGUGCGUUGCGGCACGUGUGAAGCUAACGGUUUUCGUGUCUAUAGCUGGUGGGGAAUAUUAAUGAUAUUGUGUAUGUAGCAUAGUAUUUGUAUAUUAGCGUUUAUAUGUUUCAGUAAUGUGGUUUAGAUAUUGUCUUUAUAUAUAUUAACAAUAGCAGUACAUAAGAAUAUAUUGGUAAACACACAUACAUACUCACAGAUAUAUACUACAUAGGCAUAAGGUGAGCAGUUGGUUUCCGGUUUGUUGAAACUGCGUGCUUACUUGCUUGCCACACAUAUGCAUAUGAUUGUAUGCAUGUAAGCAGGGUUGCGAAUUUUUAAAUUAAAAAUUAGAUUUUAAAUUUUUAGUUACGAUUUUGGAAUUAAAAAUUAAAUUAAAAACUUUUUUGUAUAAAAAAAAUUGAUUUUAAAUUUUUAAUUAGGACUUUGAGAUUAAAAAUUGCAUAUUUAAGUGAUAGAUUUUUGGAUUUAAAAAUUUUUGGAAUUUAAAAUUUUGGAAUUGAAUUUUUAAUCCCAAAAUCGUAGUCAAAAAUCAUCAGAACUAAAAAUUGAUAGAAAGUUGAUUUUUGAAUAUGAAGGCUCUUUGCGAACUCUAAUUCAAAAUAGUAGAACACAAAGUACGUAAACGCGAAAAAUGUAAAUUCAAAACAUUUUUUUAUUUUUAAUUUUUAAUUAUAAAUUUGGGGUUAGCAUUUUUUUUUUUAAUUUUUCAAACCGGUAUUUGAAAUUAAUUUUGUUUACCCCGAAACGUCGGAGACCCUAUUAAUUUAAUAUAUAAAUGAUAAGCUUGACUUGAAUCUCUUUACGAAAUUCGACAUGGAUUAUUGUCCAAGGCAACCGUACAAUCUCCGAACAAAUUGUUCAGAUCGGACCACUAUAUAUAAUAAUAAAUAAAGUUCUUGUAUGGAAACUUUUUUAUUUGUAGCUUCGGUGCAACCAAAGUUUGUGUUCUUUUUAAAUUCGGUAUUCUGGGGUUAGAACUUUUAAAAUUAUUUUUAAGUAAUAUUUGUGGGAUUACAAAAUAAAAGAAACAAUUUAUCUAAAAAAAGAAUUCAAUUUUUUUUUAUGCAUUAUUUGCAACCCUGUAUUUAAGUAUAUUUACUUAUAUGUGUAUGUGUGCACCAGCUUGUAGAUAAUCGUAGAUAUAUGUACAUUUGGAUAUACAUAUAUAUAUAUUUUUUUUAAAUGCAUACAUAUGUGUAUUGUAUCACCUAGAUUAUAAAAUUCUUAUCUUUUGGCACCAACAAAAAUGAAAAAACCAAAUGUAACCAAUAUAACAUUUAACCUAAGGACCUAAGUAAGGAUAAUUGUGUUAUCUGGAAAGACUUGAUUCCUUUAUUUUUGUGUAUAUUUUGUUAUAAGUAUUCGCGCAAUAGGAAACAAUUUUAUACCGCCAAAGUACUGAUUUUUUAAUAAAUACUCGUAAAUAUAAUUGAAAAAUAA